AUGUCUGAUAUUGAUAUAUUGUCUUCAUAUGAUUCAGUUUCAUCUACAUCAAGCUCAAAUGUAACUCAACAGUAUUCAACAUCAUCAAUUGAAAAUCUUUUAAAACAAAAAGAUGACUUCAAACAAUUUAUCGUUAUCAAGAAUGAUCAAAAAAAUGUUUCAUCACUUGCUUGGUCAACAUUUUGUUUUCCUGCUAAGCGUGCAGAAGAUGGUUCUUAUAAACAAAUAAUUGGUUUUGCAAGUUGUUUCAAUUGUAAAGAUACGUAUUCAUUUCAAUCUGGUGGUAGUGGGAGCACUAAGCAUUUGCUAAGACAUGUAUGCUCAAAAAAAUCAUUACUAUUAUCAGAAAAUAAUCAAGAAGGUCCAAUAGAUAAAUUUAUCAAGUCGAAAAAGUCAACAUCAUUUAAAUUAACUUCACAAGAUCGUACAACAAUUCGAGAUGAAUUCACAAAAUGGAUAUAUUCAUCAAUUCGUCCAUUCAACAUUAUUUCUGAUCCAGGAUUAAAAACAACUUUAAAAACAAUUAUUGAUAUUUGUCAAAAAUAUCAUGGAUUAAUCGAUAUUGAAGAUAUACUUGUAGCACCAACAACAAUUUCUUAUAAUGUUAAUCGAUUAGCUGAUCAUUACAGGUCUUUGGCACGAUCUAUAUUAAUUGAACAAGCUGAAGCUGGUGUUUUAACAAUCUGUCCAGAUCUAUGGACCGACAGUUUAAAAAAAAUUAAUUAUUUAGAUUUAACAGUUUAUUUUGUAACAUCAAAUUAUGAAUUAAUUUCAUUCGAUUUAUGCUGUUCCCGGUACGAUGAGCGAAAAAAAUCAACAAUGCAUCAACAACAUCAGGAAACAAAACAACAAAAAAAACUUGAAUAUAUUGGUGAUAGUUCAACGGAUAGCUCCUCGUCUGAUGAUGAUUCAACAACAUCAUCUCCAUCUAAAUAUGCUGAAGCAAAUAUACUAUUAUCAGAUUUACCAUCAAAAUCAAAAGAAAUUUUAAAUACAAUCUCAACAUGUAAAAAGCUUGUCAGACAUAUAAAAGUAAAAGGUUUAAAUAAAGAUAUAGAAGAACUUGGUGGUAUUGCCUUAAAACAAGAAUGUAUAGUUAGAUGGUUAUUGAUGUCAAACAUGCUAGAAUCGAUCGGUGCUUCAAUUGAACAUGUUCGAUCGAUAUUAUCAUCAAAAUCAUCAAAGAAUGAAUGUUCCUUUAAAUUAAAUAAUAUUAAUACUGAUGCAUUAAAAGAUUUAAUUUGUUUAUUAAGUGAAUUUAAAAAUGUAUCUAUAUUAGUUCAAACAGGAACUCGUCCGUCUUUACAUUUGGCUUAUAUUUGUGUUAAUAAACUUGAACAUCAUCUACAUGGAACUGAUGUUGAUAAAGAAGAUGAAAUGAUUUGUAUCGAUGAUCGUGAUGAAGGUACCGAUUUCUUUCGAAAACGUCUUAUUCAAUUAUUAAAAUCUAAGUUUACAUUCGAUGAAAAACACUUUGCAGCAGCUGUUCUUCAUCCUCUUUACAGAAAAUUAUCAUUCACCACCAAGUAUUCCAAAAAUAUUGCUCAUUUAUAUAUUCGUGAACAAUUAAAUGAUAUAUUAGGAUUACAUCAACAACAUUUUACAACAAAUUCCGAACCUUUAAAGAAAAAACAUAAGUCUAUCGAAGAUCAGUUUGCUGAUCCUGAUGAUAAUAAUAGUUGUGAAGGUAAUUCAACACCAACAUCAACAAUUAAAAAUGAUGAACUUGAAAAAUAUUUACGAAUGAAUAUCGACAAUGUUUAUAAACAACCAAAUCCACUACCAUUUUGGCGUGAUCAUGAAAAUAAAUUCCCUGGUUUAGCUUUACUUGCUCGUCGUCUGUUCUCUAUUCCGGUGACACCAGCCGGAGUAGAGCGACAAUUCUCUUCUGCUGGUUUAACAAUCAGUGAACGUCGUUCCUCGCUUGAUUCAGAUACUGUCAACGACAUUCUUUUCGUCAGAUCUGUACAAACUCUGCUUGAAUCAAAACCAGACAGUUUUUUUAAACAAUAG